AUGGAUAAUUUAGUCAAGGAUAAAUAUUAUCAUUUUAUUGUAGACUUUGAACAUUUUGAGAAUUCAAUAUUGGCAAUUGAAAGAGUAGCUGAAUCUGCUUUGGCAAAGAAAGAAGAAUACGAGAAGAUGCAAUCUAUAAAAGAUCGUUUAAUGUGUCAGAUGGGAAGCAGACUGGAUCUUUAUGAUUUUAUUAGAGAUUAUAAAGAAUUGACUCAUAUGUUUUUUAAUGAUUUAGUAAUGAAAUUUAAAGAUGGAAUUCGAAAGAAACAGUUGAAAGAAGAAGCUAAUAGAAAAAAUGGGUUUAAGGAAAAGAGUAAAAAUAUUAAGUGCUACCAUUGUCAAAUAACGGGUCAUGUAGCAAAUAAAUGUAUAAGGAAAAGGCAAGGAAUGCCCCAAGGGGAUUAUUCUAGAAAACAAAUACAAAUAAGAGAAAAUGAAGUAAAAAGAGUAAAGGAUGAUGAAGAAGUUUUCUUAACUAAUAGUAGAGUGCAAGGAAUACGAUAUCCUAGAAUUUGUACACCUUUAUUUAUUAAUGGAAUUAAGUUAAAUGCUAUCUUAGAUGGAGGUUCAGAUAUCAAUAUUAUAAAUAACAAAAUAGUAGAAUCAAUAGGAUUAAAAGUAUCAAAUGAAAUUAUUGAGAUUUCUACGAUCGCUGGAGUAGAAACUGUGAAUAAGGUAGAAGAACCUGUAAUGAUGCAAAUUAGGGAUAAAAAUAGAUUAACUAAUGAAAGAAAUUUGUUAUAUUCAGAACCAACUCCAAACAAUUAUGAAACAGGAACUUUCUCCUUGAAGACUACUAAAAGACAAGAAUGUAAUCUUAUUUUAGAAAAUUUUGUUGAGAUGAGCGAUCAUUUUAAAAAGGAAUUGGCUGAUAAUUAUGGAAGUAUCAUUUCAAAAGAUGCAUAUGAUGUAGGCAAAGGAUUUGGAACGGCUCGUCCUCAAGAAUAUUUUCCUAUAAAUCCAGUACCAGAUUAUAAAAUAUAUAGCCGUAAUUAUCCUUUACCAGGGGAAUAUGAAACCAUACAAAGAAUGGUAAAAGAAGGAAUUUUGAUACCUACUAAGACUUUAGAAGUGUGUAAUCAUUUUCUAAUAAAUAAACCAAAUACUUCUAAAAAAAGGUUAAUAUUGGAUUGUAGGCCUAUAAAUAGAGCAACUAGAAAAUUUUGGGGUGAAAAUCGAAGAACUACUGAUUUAAUUAAUUCUUUUAGAACGUUAAAGUACGCUUCAUGUGUGGAUUUAAAGGCAGGAUAUUAUCAAAUAAAUUUAGCAAAGGAAGAUAUACAUAAAUAUAAUUUAAAGUUUAUGGGACAAAGAUUUACUUUUACAAAACUUCCGCAAGGAUCUAUGAAUGCUCCAAUAAUAUAUCAACAACAAAUGGAGGAUCUAUUAGAGUCUUUAAGAUUGAAAAUUGAUAAUCAAAAACAUUCUACAUUGUUUAUUUGGAUGAUGUAUUGA